AAAACCGAAUCUGACAUCACUACCUAGCAGUUUCUGUAGCUACCAGAGUGGUUUGUUCUUAGGGUAACAGAGGAGGAAAUUGCUCCCUGUGUGAUAAGACAACAGCAAAGAAAGGACGCAUGCUGUUUCAUAGGAAUACGGCUGAUUUCCAGAUAUGACCAUGUACUUGUGGCUUAAACUUUGGGCAUUUGCCUUUGCCUUUCUGGAUGCAGGAGUGUUUGUUACCGGACAAAACCGUAGUUCCUCUACUGGACUGAAGUUAACAGAAGAGCUCAGUGCUCUGACUUCUGGCGACCCCUUAUCUGCCCGCACCACUGCAUUCUCACUCCCAAGCAUCUCUGAAAGAGAAAAUAACUCCUCAGACACCACCCCACUUCCUCUUAAUCCAGACAUUACUCCAACUGAAAGAUCCUGGAGCCAUUUGGAUAAUAAUACUCUUGCUGUGACAGGUGUUACACAGCCGUCUCUCCACCCCACGCACGCAGUCUUGCAGACGUCCUCUGCCGGAUCUGACACGCAGACACCCAGCAGCGCUGCUACCCUUUCCCCACUCACCCCUGCUCUGGGCGGGAAUGACACAUCAGGCUCCCCAGGAGAGCGGACUACAACCAGCAUCUUCCAUGUAGACCCAACUUUCACACAAGUAGCCACCCUCAGCCCUGCACACAGCAGCUCUGCUGCCUUACCUUCACGCAUCUCCAGCACCACCGCCAAUGAUAACUCCUCAGAUGUGUCUCUUAUGUCCACUUCACCUGCAACAAGCACUACCCAUACAACUGCUACCACAACAAUAGUUUCUGCUAUAUCUAAGAAAUCAUGUGAUGAAAAGUAUGAAAAUAUCUCUGUGGAAUAUCAUUAUGAUAAAGAAAAUAAGUCAUUUCAAGCAAAACUAAAUGCUACUGAUGUAGUGAGUUGUGACAAUGUCACAUGUGAAAACAAUACAAUCUAUAACCUAACAGAAUGUUCACGUACAAGUUUUACUAUAAGUCACAAUUCAUGUGUUAGUACAAAUAAAAUUUUAACCCUGGAGGUACCACCAGAUCCGGAAAGAUUUUCUUUGGUAGAUUGUACACAGGAAGAAAAAGCAGAUACUUCUCUUCAUUUAAAAGUAGAAAUGCGAAACAAAUUCACUUGUGAUAAAAAUAAAAUUACAUACAGAUUUCAAUGUGAAAAUUGUACUCCAUCUACUGGGGAGGAAAUUAACUGUGAAGGCUUUUUACCUCAGACAAAGUAUUCCUGUGAUUUACAAGCAUCCUAUGAUGGCCAUAAGUUUUUGUCCUUAAAUAAAACUAUUGAAACAGAUUUGGGAAGGCCAGGCUCACCUCAGAAUUUUAGCUGCAGUGAUGAAAGUGCAACUAGCAUCAUGCUCACCUGGAAACCCCCUAAAGAUAUUUUUCAUACUUAUACUCUUUGUUAUCAGGAUACAGCAUGCAUAGAUCUGAAUAAUACGAAGAACCAAUAUAGAUUGUCAGAUCUGGUACCUUAUACAGACUACAAGAUAUCAUUAAUUGCCUGUGCCGCUGGAAAAGUAAAACGUAAUGGAGCUCCUGCGAAGAAAACAUGUCAUACAGCAACAAUGGCUCCAGGCCCAGUCAACAACUUACAUGCUUUACUGAAAACAGAUAAUAGUAUAAUCGUGACUUGUAAGCCUCCUACCAUAUAUAAUGGCCCCACGAAUGGCUCCUACCAUCUGAAAGUCAAAACUGGAGGUGGUUAUGUUAAAGAAGAAACAUUAAAAUCUUGUAAUUUCUCUGUAGAAGAUCUUCAAUAUUCAACAACAUAUGAAUUUGAGGUCUACUAUAACAAUAUGCACUUUGAUGGACCUGCAAAAAGAGUUUCUCGAUCAACAUCUUAUAAUUCUAGAGCACUGAUUAUAUUUCUGGUAUUUCUGAUUAUUGUGACCUUCCUAGCCCUCCUCAUUGUUCUCUAUAAAAUCUAUGACCUUCGCAGCAAGAGGUCCAGCAAUAUGGAAGAAGAGGUUAUACUUGUUGAAAGGGAUGAUGAAAAACAGCUGAUGACUGUAGAGCCAAUCCAUGCCGAUAUUUUGUUGGAAACUUACAAGAGGAAGAUUGCUGAUGAAGGAAGACUUUUCCUGGCUGAAUUUCAGAGCAUUCCACGGGUAUUCAGCAAGUUUUCUAUCAAGGAUGCUCGAAAACCUUUUAACCAGAAUAAAAACCGUUAUGUUGACAUCCUUCCUUAUGAUUAUAACCGUGUUGAACUCUCUGAUAUAAAUGGAGAUGCGGGGUCAAAUUAUAUAAAUGCCAGCUAUAUUGAUGGCUUCAAAGAACCCAGAAAAUACAUUGCUGCACAAGGUCCCAGGGAUGAAACUGUUGAUGAUUUCUGGAGGAUGAUCUGGGAACAGAAAGCCACGGUUAUUGUCAUGGUCACUCGAUGUGAAGAAGGAAACAGGAACAAGUGUGCAGAAUACUGGCCAUCAAUGGAAGAGGGCACACGGGCUUUUGGAGAUGUCAUUGUAAAGAUCACCGAGCACAAAAGAUGUCCAGAUUAUAUCAUUCAGAAGUUAAACAUUACAAAUAAAAAAGAGAAAACCACGGGAAGAGAGGUGACUCACAUUCAGUUCACCAGCUGGCCGGAUCAUGGGGUGCCUGAAGACCCUCACCUGCUCCUCAAGCUUCGAAGGAGAGUGAACGCUUUCAGCAACUUCUUCAGCGGCCCCAUUGUGGUGCACUGCAGUGCUGGUGUUGGACGCACGGGCACUUAUAUUGGAAUUGAUGCCAUGCUAGAAGGUCUGGAAGCAGAAAACAAAGUAGAUGUUUAUGGUUAUGUCGUCAAGCUACGGCGACAGAGAUGCCUGAUGGUUCAAGUGGAGGCACAGUAUAUCCUGAUCCAUCAGGCCCUGGUGGAAUACAAUCAAUUUGGGGAAACAGAAGUGAGUUUGUCUGAACUACACCCAUAUCUAUUUAACAUGAAGAAAAGAGAUCCACCCAGCGAGCCAUCUCCACUAGAGGCUGAAUUCCAGAGACUUCCUUCAUAUAGGAGCUGGAGGACACAGCACAUUGGAAAUCAAGAACAGAAUAAAAGUAAAAACAGGAAUUCUUACAUCAUUCCAUAUGACUUUAACAGAGUGCCACUUAAACAUGAACUGGAGAUGAGCAAAGAGAGUGAGCAUGAUUCAGAUGAAUCUUCUGAUGACGAUAGUGACUCAGAGGAAACAACUAGAUACAUCAAUGCAUCUUUUGUAAUGAGUUACUGGAAACCCGAAGUGAUGAUUGCUGCUCAGGGACCACUAAAAGAGACCAUUGGUGACUUUUGGCAGAUGGUAUUCCAAAGAAAAGUCAGAGUUAUUGUUAUGCUGACACAGCUGAAGGAUGGAGACCAGGAAGCCUGUGCUCAGUACUGGGAAGAAGAAAAGCAAACAUAUGGAGAUAUACAAGUUGAUAUGAAAGAUACCAGAGAAUCUCCAGCUUACACCCUCCGUGUAUUUGAACUGAGACAUUCCAAAAGGAAAGAUUCUCGGACUGUGUACCAGUACCAGUAUAAUAACUGGAAUGUGACAGAGCUUCCUGCAGAAUCCAAAGAAUUGAUCUCUAUGAUUCAGACUCUCAAAGAAAAUCUUCCCAAGAAUUCCCCUGAAGGGAAUAAGCAUCACAAGAGUGCUCCUCUGCUCAUUCACUGCAGAGAUGGAUCUCAGCAAACAGGACUAUUUUGUGCUUUGCUAAAUCUCCUGGAAAGUGCAGAAACGGAAGAAGUAAUAGAUGUUUUUCAAGUAGUAAAAUCUCUCCGCAGAGCUAGACCAGGAAUGGUUCCCACGUUUGAGCAAUACCAAUUCCUGUAUGAUGUCAUUGCUAGCACUUAUCCUGCCCAGAAUGGACAAAUAAAGAAAAGCAACAACCAAGAAGAUAAAAUCGAAUUUGAUAAUGAAUUGGACAAAGCAAAACAGGGUGCUAAUUGUGUUGGUUCACCUGGUGCCCUUGAUAAGGCCAAUGAAGGAAACAAAGAAGAUGAAGGUACUAAAAUCACGAAUGGCCCUGAAGAGCCAGAACAUUCUGCCAAUGGUCCUCCGAGUCCAGGUUUAACUCAAAGUGCAUAGGAAAGACAUAUACAGGACUCAAAACAUUGUAUUAAGUGUUAUUUCUAUUUUUCUAAAAGUAGGAGGAUAAAAUAGAUAUACAGUGGAUUAAUGAAUGAAGUACUUUGGACAAAUAUUUGAGAAGUUUUUUUUUUUUUUUUUACUACUGUGGAAACAUAUUUAAGACAGUUUUGCUAAAACAUUUGUACAGUUUUAUUCAUAUUUUAAAAUUUUACCUGUCAUUCAUCAAAAAAAUAUCUUCUUUGUAGUCUUUGGAUGUGUGUAUGUGUGUGUGUGUGUGUGUGUGUGUGAGACAGAAACAGCAACAGAAAGAGGAGAGAGGGUACUUUUAAGUGAACUUAAAUGCUUUUGAGAAAUUUUGCCCUUUUAUUUGAAGAAAAAACACAUUUUAUACUGAAUAUAUUAACUUAGUUUAAAUGACCUAUUUUUUAAAUCAUGAAUUGUGUGUGAGACCUAAGAAUAAAAUGUGCAUUUCUAGAAUGACCUCAAGAUGUCCUCCUUGUUCUACUCAUAUAUAUCUUGUAGUUUACUAUUUUAUUUUUAGAAAUAGACAUAAAAGUAGUAUGUGUGUGUGUAGUUACUACAAGAAAGUUAACUAAAUUAACAUUUGGAAAUCUUACAUUCCAUAUGUUAACAUUUAGUCCUUACCUUUCAAGCUCAUUUAAUCUAAUUUAAAAUUUUUAAGCAAGCUCAUCUUGUUAUAUUCAUAUGGUGUUUAUAAUUUUGUAGCAUGGACUAUUCCCUGUAUAAUAUGUGAAAUUCAUUGCUUGAUACUUUUGACCAAGAAUUAUGUUUGUUGCAGCUGAAUUUAAAUAAACAUCUUUAAACAAAU